AUGGCCCCAUGUCAGUCUUCUGUCGACGAUGAUGUGAGUGACUUCUUCGAGCGUUGCGGGCUCCCUCGAAAUACUCGAUCAAAAUGUUUGGAUCUUUCCCGCCGUAUAUUUCCCAACGAAGAAAUCAAGGAGAUUGAACCUCAAGGGUAUUGCUCCUACACGCUCUGCGUUGGACGUGACACUAUUGUUCAGUUCCGACCUACAGUCCACAAGCUCGAUGUCAGGGUGACGGACGCUGCUAAAACCAUCUAUGGAAGCCUUGCGCCGCAGACCAAAUUUCUCGAAGUUAUAGACGUUUCCACCUCAUGCUCGCCUGAUGAUGUUGGUGGGAAUUUACACCGACAGCCCGUGGACGAGGCAGUCGUGAUCGACGAUGGCUGCCACAAGUCUCACACUUCACUCCACGUCUAUUCCUUGUCGAGGAUACCAGGCCUGUCUGUAGCCGAGCUACGCGCCUCCGAGGCACAGUCUCCGUCGCCGGAAGCCGAGUUACGGCGGCAGAGAAAAGACGUGGUUAGCGAGUUUGCCAGGUUCAUCGCCAUCGGUUGGAAGUCCUCACGUUCGGCAUCAGACCCAGCUGUCUCGAGUCUCCGCGGCCGGAUAGGUGGAUCUAUCAGAUGGAGGCUACAACAAAUGAGAGCUCAUCUCCCUGCGCGAUUCCAGCCCGCCGUGAGAGAUAUAUUGGAGCGGCUGGGUGACAUUGAGGCGCUGCCAUGGGCUCUGACGCAUGGUGAUGUCGUCCCGGCGAAUAUGAUGGUUCGAAAAUCACAGGGUACCUCAUCAAGAGAGAUAAUUUUGUCUGGCUUUCUGGACUGGGCCGAGGCCGAAUAUCUCCCAUUCGGCGUGGGGAUUUACGGUCUCGAGGCCCUGCUGGGCGAGGCUGCUCACGAUGGCCGCUUUGGCUACUACCCCGAGGCACAAGAGCUGCGAGAGCAUUUCUGGCUAAGGCUAGAGGCCGAGAUAUCCGAGUUGAGACCUCACACAGGGCCUCAAGACCUCAGGAAGAAUUUUGAGGCCGCCCAUACCCUCGGUGUAUUGCUUUGGCAUGGCAUUGCAUUUGAUAACGGUAGAUUAGACCGAGUGGUCAACGAGGGGAAGCUUGAGGAUGCAGAGGAAGUACGAAUUCUUGAUCUCUUCUUCGCCCGUAAUGAGGAAUUUGGGGAUGAGAGAAUUUGA